GUGACACAAUCAACUAAAAGAGGGGAUAAAAGUGGAGGGAUAUUAUACUCGCGUGUUCGCGUAAAUGUACGUCCUAUCAUCGGCACACCAAUGCCAUGGCAAACAAUGUGUUGCACACCGUCGUCACUGUUGGACAGCUAGUGUUUCGAACGGUCUUGUGUAUUACGUGAUAAUAAUUUAAUUUUUUUAUCAAAAUACAUGAUUUAUAAUCAACAUAUUAUUUUUAUUUAAUUAAAAAAAAAAAAAACCAUAUAUAAAAUAAAAAAAACAUAAUUAAAUUUGCAUGUCAAUUUAAUUCAAUAUAAAAUAUUUAACGUGUUAAUUAUUUUGUUACUUUUUUUUUUCAAUUUUCAAUUAAUUUGCACGGUUUGAUUUGUUUGAUUUUAAUUUGGCUUUUAAUUAAUAUAUAUUUUUCAUUUAUUUUGUUUGUUUGUUUGUUGUUUUUUUUAUUUUUAAAUUUGCUUGUUUGAAUUUUUGAUAAUUGAGUGUGAUAUUAAAUAUGAUUUGUCGUAAAAUUUGUUGAUUGAGUUUUAAUGGGUGGUUUAUUUGGCAACACGUGAGUAAAAGUUUAAACGUGUGAAUUAUGGAAACGAGAAUUGGUGUGUCCAGUGGGGGUAUUACAGGAACAAGUGUUGAACCGGUGAGAUGUGUAACAACACCCUCACCGGUUCAUCAACCACAAACAAUAACAAUAUCAUCAUCAUCUUCAUCAUCAUCAGCAAUAACACCAACAGCAACAUCAACAACAUCAUCAAUAAAUUCAAUAUCAUCAUCAAUAACAACAAGUACAAAUAAUGCUAUUGGUAGUAUUAGUGGUAUUGCUGCUGCUGUUGCUGCUGCUGCUGCUUCAAUAACAACUGGUACAUCAUCAAUGAGUCCAACUGGUGCAACACCAGUAUCAGGUUCAUCUGGACCAAGAAUACUCAGUAGAAAUGUCAAUGGAACACUUGUCCAGACUUCGGUACCACAGAAUGAAGCUGAAUUACAACUUUAUAGGGUCAUGCAGAGAGCAUCAUUGCUUGGUUAUUAUGACACACUUCUUGAAAUGGGUGGUGAUGAUGUACAGCAACUUUGUGAUGCAGGUGAAGAAGAAUUUCUUGAAAUAAUGGCAUUGGUAGGAAUGGCCAGUAAGCCACUUCAUGUACGAAGACUUCAAAAAGCUCUUCAAGAAUGGAUAACAAAUCCAUCUAUAUUUCAGAGUCCUGUAGUACCAACAACAAGCACAAAAAAUUCAACAUCAACAGUUACAACAUUUCCAAGUUCAAGUCCAAGAAUUCAAAGUUCAAGUGGUUUUAAUUCAACAUCACAAACAACAAGUCCAACAACACUUUUUGAUAAAGCUCCAACAAACAAUGUGCCUCUUGUACCUUUGUCAAGUAGAAGUGUAAGUCCAGUAACUCCAGUUGCUACUGUUGUUUCUACUGCUGCAAUUUUACCAACAGUACCAACAUCAACAUUUCGACAAAGUCCAAGUCCAAAUACACCAAUAGCAUAUUCUGGUGGACAAAGUCCAGGAGUUCUUCAGGUGGGUACAUGUGAAUCAUCAUGUGGAAGUGGAACAACACUUAGUCCAGGUGGUUUAAAUGCACCACAAAGUCCAACACAAGCAAUACCAACAUUAUUACCAUCACAAGUUCAACGUCUUGCUGAUGCUGCUGAACGUCUUGCUGGUAAUUUACGUCCACUUGAUCCAAAACCUCACAAUGUUAAAAAAAAAAUUUGCAAAGAUCUUGAGCAGAUGGUGAUGGCAAUGCCAGACACUGACCCAAGACGAAUGGAUGAGAUAAGAAAAUACGCAGCGAUUUAUGGUAGAUUUGACUGCAAAAGAAAACCCGAAAAACCACUUACAUUACAUGAAGUUUCAGUUAAUGAAGCUGCUGCACAAAUAUGUCGUUUUGUACCGGCUUUAUUGACACGAAGAGAUGAACUUUUUCCUCUUGCUAGAAGAGUCGUUCGAGAUUCAGGCUAUCAUUAUUCAAAAAGUCAAUUUUUAUCAAUGACAAGACCAAGAGACAAUUGUGAUGAUUCUGAUAUGGAUCGUGCUAAAAGAAGACACUUGGAUGAUCCAGAGGGUGAGGACACAUCCCAGAUGGAAUUGGAUCUUCGAUGUACUGGUGGUGGAGAUAUCAACAAUUCAAUUUUACGAAGUACAUCAAGUCCAGUUUGGCGGAAGAAGAAUAAUAAUGGUGUGUUUGGAACGAGUAUUGAAGAAAUCAGUGAUACAGACAGUCAAUUUUCAUUCUCAAAUGAUGAAUCAUCUUUACAUGAUCCAAAUGACUUUGAAAAUGAUAAUACAGAUAAAGAAAGUGAAUUCAAUUUAAAAUAUUUUUAUUUUUUAAAGAUAAUUGCAUCACGAGGAGACAAUAUUAUUGCUGUUGCAAAUCCAGCACUUAUGAAUUGCAGUCAUCCAAUCAAAAAAGAAAAUGAUGAAAAUAAAUCAACACUGUGAUAUUACCUCCUUUUUAUAUAGUACGUGUUGUUAAAGAAAAAAAAAAAAUUAUUCAUCAAUUUAAUAUUUUUUAUUCCUUAAAUAUUAUGUAAACAUUUUUCGUUUUUUUUUAUUGUUAAAAAAGAAUAAAUUUAUUAUCAUCAUGUCAUUUUAUAUCGGGAUUUUUGCAAUUAUCUAAAUUAUCAUUUUGAAUAAUGUCGAAUUGAAAUAAAAUU